GUUGCUUUUAAUACGUAACAACAGUUCUCUCCAUAUUAAAGUAAUGUCAAUGAAGGAUUAUAAUGAAGACACAUUCCAGAGGUAUCCCACGGACCAAAGAAGGGAUACUGACUCAUAUAAUGAACGCAGCAGACACGCUGACCGGUACGAUACACGACGUGAUAAAGUAGAUAAAGGUAUUAAAAGGAGUAGGUCAAGAAGCCGCGGUAGAAGGCGUUCGCCAAAUAAGGGUUCCUACCGUGAUAAACAACACGCUUCACGUUCAACGUAUGAUAGGCCCAGAAAAUACGAUAAGCAGCGUAAAGAUGAUAAUAAGACUGCAGAAUGUACUUCGGAAACUGAUUUCGUUACACUAAAUCCGAAUUUAUCGCCCAGUCAUGCUAGGUCUCGCGCUGCGGAACGCCGUAGAAGGAAAACACAAGCUGACUGUAUCAGACGUGCUGGAGGUUUCCAAAAGUUAGCUGAUCAAGAAGGACAUGAAACAGUGCGACUUUUUUGGGAUGGAUUUCAGUGGGUAGCCAAAACUGGCCAAGCAGCCAUGAUGAUGAAUGCAGAUUCUGCUUUAAUGAACUCCACACGCAAAUUGAGAAGGCUCUAUUUUGGAAAUUUGCCGGUAGCAUCUGGACUUACAGAAAAUGCCUUCCAAAAUAUUAUAUGGAAUGAAAUGAGGACCAGAAACUUUUGUAAUGAUCCAAAUGUUUCUCCUGUACUGUAUGUCUGGUUCGCCAAAGAUAAAGGUAACUACGGGUUUGUAGAGUUUGCAACUGUUGAAGAGACUGAAAGGGCACUUACCAUGGACGGUAUGAACUGCAUGGGUGCUCAAUUACGUGUUUCCCGACCCAAUGACUACUCAACAACUGCUACUAGGCAAGUUAUACCAGGAAUCGCCACGCAGAACAUUGUCCCUCUGGAUGCAUUCACUGGGAGCUGCCUCAGAGUUGUGCAAAUAGUGUUGCCCGAAAGUGUGCAAACUGAAGUUGAAUAUCUUGAUGUAUUAGACGACGUCAAGGAGGCUUUCGAAAAGCAUGGUAAGGUUAAAACUUGUGCCAUCGUCACCCCUAGACACAAGGACAUAGCCCCCAACCUUAAACCAGGUGAUGUUAUCGUAGAAUUUGUUGACAGGGAAUCACUAUUGGCAUGUGUACAGAACAUGCAACAUCGCAAAUAUGAAAAAAGAGAGAUACAGUUCCUCCCUAUGGAUGAAGAAGAUUAUAGACAUGUUGCAGAACCCCUCAUACUAGAUCUUGAGGCCUUAGAAAAGGAAGCAGACUGAACUACAAUACGAUACCGGAGGGCUUAGUUA